AUGCCGUCGGCGAAAGGACAGAACUGGGAGAAAUACCAGAAGCAGUACGCCGACGAUGAGGUGGAAGAGAAGAAGAUCGAUCCCUUGACCGACGAGGACAUCCAAGUCCUCCGCACAUACAACGCCGCCCCCUACGCCGCCGCCCUCAAACAGCUCGAAAAGGACAUCAAAGACAAGCAGACCUCAGUAAACGAGAAGAUUGGCGUCAAAGAAUCCGACACCGGUCUCGCGCCACCUCACCUCUGGGAUAUCGCAGCCGACCGCCAGCGCAUGAGCGAAGAGCAACCGCUACAAGUCGCGCGGUGUACGAAGAUCAUUCAGGAUGAAAAGGACACGGAGAAGAGCAAAUAUGUCAUCAACGUCAAGCAAAUCGCCAAGUUCGUUGUCAACUUGGGUGAGCGCGUGAGCCCGACGGAUAUCGAAGAGGGCAUGCGGGUUGGCGUGGACCGGAAUAAGUAUCAGAUCAUGCUUCCUCUACCACCGAAGAUCGACCCGAGCGUGACGAUGAUGACGGUGGAGGACAAGCCGGACGUGACAUACGGAGACGUGGGAGGGUGUAAGGAGCAGAUCGAGAAGCUGCGCGAGGUCGUCGAGAUGCCCUUACUCUCACCCGAACGAUUCGUGAACCUAGGCAUCGACCCCCCGAAAGGCGCCUUGCUCUACGGACCUCCGGGAACCGGCAAGACCCUCUGCGCCCGCGCCGUCGCCAACCGCACAGACGCGACCUUCAUCCGCGUUAUCGGCUCCGAGCUGGUACAAAAGUACGUCGGCGAAGGCGCCCGCAUGGUGCGCGAGCUCUUCGAAAUGGCGCGGACAAAGAAAGCCUGCAUCAUCUUCUUCGACGAGAUCGACGCGGUCGGCGGCGCGCGCUUCGACGAUGGCGCAGGCGGAGACAACGAGGUGCAGCGCACGAUGCUGGAGCUCAUCACACAACUCGACGGCUUCGACUCGCGUGGCAACAUCAAAGUCAUGUUCGCCACCAACCGCCCUUCCACUCUCGACCCAGCGCUCAUGCGCCCCGGACGGAUAGACAGGAAGAUCGAGUUCUCGCUGCCGGACAUGGAAGGACGGGCGAACAUCCUGCGGAUCCACGCGAAGAGCAUGUCCGUGGAGCGGGAUAUUCGAUGGGAGCUAAUCUCACGCUUGUGCCCGAACUCGACGGGUGCGGAGUUGAGGUCUGUGGCGACGGAGGCGGGCAUGUUUGCGAUUCGCGCGCGGAGGAAGGUGGCGAGCGAGAAGGACUUUUUGGCCGCGGUGGAGAAGGUGAUUCGGGGUGGGAUGAAGUUUAACUCUACCGCUGCUUAUGCGCAGUAUAACUGA